UUGGGGUAUAUAAACCAUGGUGCCACACGGUGGGAGAUGCAGUGGGAGAAAGAUGAAGCUUGAAGCGAAAAUUCUGCUUCUGUCUCUUCUGGCAGGAGUCGGCUCCUCAACAACCAGCUGGUUUUGGACGACAGCCUUUGAUUCCUGCUGGUCAAACUGUGGCUAUGAGCUCAGCAGCUGUUCCUGCGCAAGCUCCUGUGUGUACAACGGAAACUGUUGUCAUGAUUACAGAGAUUACUGCUACCAGACAACACACGACAUACUACUCACCACAGGUGUAGUUGGGUCAUGUGGUGGUACCUAUACCCAGCAGAGUGGAGAAUUUGCCAGCCCCCAGUACCCCAGCAACUACCCUAAUUAUGCUCACUGCUCAUGGCGUAUACAGAGCACAGGAACGAAGAUCAUACGCUUGGCAUUCACCUACGUCCAAAUAGAAUCAGGUCCAGACUGCAAAUAUGAUGCCGUCCGUGUGUAUGAUGGUCCUUCCACCUCCUACCCUUUACUGGGGGUACUGUGUGGAUCCCAGACAAGGACCUUCUUUUCCAGUGGGAAUGACCUGACUGUGGUUUUCUCCAGUGACAGCAGUACUACCUACCAAGGCUUUGUCGCUAAUUGGGUCUUUGAAGAACCUCCUCCUUAUACCACGGAUCAACCACAUACCACAGAAGGUCUGCUUUAUACCACAGAAGUUCCACCUGUUACCACAGAAGAUCUACUUUAUACCACAGAAGCUUCUCCCUCCUGCAGGUGGAACUGUGGCUACAACCUCGGCAGCUGUUCCUGCUCCAGCUCCUGUCAGUACUAUGGAAACUGCUGCCACGACUACCACGAUUACUGUUAUGACACCACCCCUGAUCCUUACCCCACAACAGCUUCUCCUUCCUGCAGGUGGAACUGUGGCUACAACCUCGGCAGCUGUUCCUGCUCCAGCUCCUGUCAGUACUAUGGAAACUGCUGCCACGACUACCACGAUUACUGUUAUACAACCACAUAUGCUCCUGACACCACAUCAGAGUCUCCUUCCUGCAGGUGGAACUGUGGCUACAACCUCGGCAGCUGUUCCUGCUCCAGCUCCUGUCAGUACUAUGGAAACUGCUGCCACGACUACCACGAUUACUGUGACACAACUACAACCACAGGUGCUCCUGACACCACAACAGAGUCUCCUUCCUGCAGGUGGAACUGUGGCUACAACCUUGGCAGCUGUUCCUGCUCCAGCUCCUGUCAGUACUAUGGAAACUGCUGCCACGACUACCACGAUUACUGCUACACAACCACAUAUGCUCCUGACACCACAUCAGAGUCUCCUUCCUGCAGGUGGAACUGUGGCUACAACCUCGGCAGCUGUUCCUGCUCCAGCUCCUGUCAGUACUAUGGAAACUGCUGCCACGACUACCACGAUUACUGUGACACAACUACAACCACAGGUGCUCCUGACACCACAACAGAGUCUCCUUCCUGCAGGUGGAACUGUGGCUACAACCUGGGCAGCUGUUCCUGCUCCAGCUCCUGUCAGUACUAUGGAAACUGCUGCCACGACUACCACGAUUACUGUUCUACAAGCACAUCAGAUCCUUACCCUCCAGUGACUCACCCCACCUGCGGAGGACGCUUGUUUGAUUCCGGGUCAAUCUCCAGCCCCUACUACCCAAAUUAUUACCAUGACAACGCAUAUUGCGUAUGGCAGCUCUCUGCUCCUGCAGGGCAGAGGAUCUUUCUGUCGUUUGUAGAUCUCGAGCUGGAGCGCUGCUGUAACUGUGACUAUAUAUACGUGUAUGAUGGCUCCACCACCGCCUCCUCACUGCUGGGCAAGCUGUGCUACAAUGACACCACCCUCCGGGACUUCCGCUCAUCCUCCUCAUACAUGACUGUCCUGUUCAGGAGCGACGGCUCAGGCGUGGCCCGCGGCUUCAAAGCCUCCUUCAGCAGCUCUCUGCCCGAAAAUACAGGUAAACUCAGCAAAAGGGCAAACAGUACAAUUGCCAUAGGUGUAUCCUCUGAGUCCAUUCCCAAUAGGGCCCUGUAAAUCUAGGAUAAGGUU